AUGAGCCAGGUAAUUCGAUAUGAAAAGAGAACUGGCGAUGUGUGUGAAAUAAAAGAAAGUUUCAUUGAUUUCAUAGAAAUUGCUGGAAAGACAGGAGAGGACAUUUGUCAACAGAUUUUAGAAAAAUUGUCAGUUGAUGAUUUAGAUAUUGGUCAAUGCCGUGGCCAAUCUUAUCAUAAUGGGUCCAAUAUGGCCGGCAUCCAUAAAGGUGUACAAGCCAGGAUUGCAGAAAGGAAUGAGCUGGCCGAGUUCGUACCGUGCGUGGCUCAUGCCUUAAAUCUUGGAGAUGUUCAUUCUGCCUCAUCAUGCCAGGAAGCUAUUAACCUAUUUGGACUGAUUCAAAAAGUAUAUUGCUUUUUUGUUGGCUCCACUACUAGGUGGGACAUUAUGAAAAAAUACGUUAAAACAAAUUUAAAAGGAAGUAAUCAGACGAGAUGGUUGGUGAAACAUGUUGCUGUGAAUGCCCUAUUAGAUAAUUUGCCAGAAAUAGCGGAAGCCUUAGAAGAAGUUAAGCAAACUGCUCAUGCUCCAGAAACUAAGUACGAGGCAGCGAAUAUUAUCCACGAAAUCAAUCGAGUGAAUAUAGAAAUUCAGAAAGAAGAUAUUAUCCUUGCCCGUUCCGUCGCACUAAUGGAUGGUCUGCUCAAAACUUUGCAAAAAAUGAGACAAAACCCAAUGGAAUAUUGGAUAAAAGAGGCUGGAGAAGUUGCUGAAAAAAGUGGUGUUGACCCUAUUUUGCAAAACAGACGAAUUCCGAAACGUAAAAAAUAUUUCGAUGAGAUGUGUGGAGACGAAUUACAAACUCUCCAACUUGUUCAACUAUUUUCUAAAGAAAUGAUGGUAUUUGAUCGAAUCAUAUCGGAAAUUAAAAAGAGAACUGCAAAGUAUGGAGCUCGAAAAUACGAGCGAGAUUUAAGCGCCGUUGAAUUCUGCCAAGAAUUCUACGUUAUUAAAGAGCAAGCUCCGCUUUUAUUUGGUGAUAUAGAAAAGGCUAACGGUUUCUAUCCCUUGCAACAGAUCUAUGUGCAUGAUUUGCAAGAUGGUUUUCCUAAUAUUUGUAUUGCCCUGCGAAUUUACUCUACGCUUCCUACUAGAUCCGCAAGCUUCGAAGAGAACGCAACUGAUUGUAGUUAA